AGCAGGUGGGGCGCGGGAGGGGUGGGGGGAUCACAUGACAGCAUGGGCUGGCUCGGCGGCUGCUGCGCUGGGAGCUGCCGCUGCCUGAGCCGCUGCCCGCGCAGACCAUGAGAGGAGGCUGCGGGGAGCCGGGCUGCUGCCGGGGCGCCGCGAUCGCACUGAGCUGGAACUGCUAACGCGCCCGCGGCUGCUGCUGGGGGAGGACCAGCUCCCUCCUCCUCCUCCUCCGCAGCGCCACAGGGACCUGCCGACCCCGGGCAGCAGCAGCAGCCUCUCCAGCAGCAGCACCACGAGCAGCAGCAGCACCAUGGACCUUUCCUUCAUGGCUGCACAGAUUCCUGUUAUGGGAGGAGCUUUCAUGGACUCACCCAAUGAGGACUUUGGUACAGAAUACUCCUUGUUUAAUUCAUCGGCCAAUGUCCAUGCAGCUGCUUCAAUGCAGAACCAGCCAGAAGAGACAUCCCGCUCCUCAAACGAUGCCAUAUUGUUAUGGAUUGCGAUCAUAGCAACAAUUGGAAACAUUGUGGUUGUGGGAGUGGUGUACGCCUUCACAUUCUAAGAAGACAGGAGACUGGAAUACUGCAGGAGUGGAUGGCUACAAGCGUGUUUGUUGUGCGUGUUUGUGUAUAUAUACAUGUAUAGCUAUAUAAAUAUAUCUAGGUAGACACAUUUUGUUCAUUAAAAGCUGCCACAGUACUGGAAAUGAAGUGCAAGUUAUUAAACUUGAACUUCAGUAGCAAAGUUUGGAUGCAUUGGCAAAUUUUGUGGAGGCAAAAGCUUUAAUCAAGAACAGCCAAUACAUGUCAUAUAUAAAUUUGAUGUGAAAGGCCAAUGCCGAUAUGCAAAAUACAAAAUGAAAGUGGGAUUUAUGUAGAAAAUGCUUAUUUCCUAUUGGUUGGAUUUUCUAGUAGCUCUUCUGUUUUUCUUUUGUUCCUUUUGUUAAGUUUUUAAUCUGCUUUUGGGAUUGGUAUUUCUGUCACAACAUUAUAUGAAAAAUGCUCUGUAUCUUAUGCUCCAUGGAAAUCUAGUUAUCUAGAUAUGCAGAUGCAUUGGAUGGUCAGCAUUGGCUCAAUUGUAAGUAGCGGAUUUUCAGGAUUCUUGUGUAACUAAAAUGCACAUGAUCAGUUGGUAAUGUGUAAAGUGUAGAUAUUAUUAAUCUUAAAGCAGUGGCAUGUGGGUGGAUGCAUGGCUGGUUUAACUAGGACUCCCCUUCUAAAGACAGUGAGCAGAGAUGAUAAUCUGAGUGUUAGUACUGAAUCUGCUUGAUAUUUCCAGAACCUGUACUCCAGAGGAUGUGGAGUGAGUUUUAAAUGGGAGGGGCAAAAGCUCCAAUUUCCAUCAGACUAUUGACAGCCAGAAAUGAUAAUGAUUAUAGUUCAUUGGAUUGACCCCUUCUAGAAAAUGAAGUCUGUGGCUCUUUUUGGUUCAUUAUGCUGAAAUCCAAAUUUCCCACAAAAGCCAUGUGGUCAAAUAAGCUUUAUUUAUGAAUGAAAGAAAUGACUUAAAGUGCAGUAAUUCUGCAGCCUAAUUAACUGCCAAUGAUUCAUCUAUGGGGAUAAAUGAAUCACAAGGUUUACCAGGUAGCCCUACUGUGCACAUACAUAACCUCCCAUGGUGAAUUGGGUACAUGAAUUACAUACAGUGGUGGGAUAUACGGAGCAUUGGAGGGAAGUAGCUUAAGGGAAGUUGCUGAUAGACCUUGACAAAUGUUUACAUUUAGGCACUAAUAUGUUUCUGUGGCCUGCUAACGAGGGGGGAAAUGUAAAAUCAUUUGUGGUAGCAAUUUUAUACAAAUAUUUGUAUUCAGUGUUCUAUUAUUGGGUAAUGUCUUUGUUGUAUUAAUCUUGUGAACAAUGAUUUUUAAGGGCUGUAUCCAUCCAAAAUAAUCUGUAGCCUUCCUUGCCAAAGGAAGGAUAUAUAUCCAUCUUCAGCCAAAGCUCAUCUGAGCUGUAAAAGUCUGCCCCAUUUCUCCUUCUCUUUUAAAAAAGGUGAUGGAUGUGAGCAUAGAGAAAUGGCAGCAGAUAAAUACUUUACACAAAACCUCUGUGUAUUGGAUAGUUCUCCCUCUACUCUUGUCCCCUACAUCUAUUACCCUGAUUCCAGAAGGCCCUGUCUGCAGGCAAGGUGGCUAUUUUUGACACUUCUCUGUCACUCAGCUCAAGGCUGGAAUAAGAGCUGGCAAACGGAUGGAGAGGUUUUGCUUUGAUUUUUCUCUCUAAACCAAUUUUCCUGCAGGGUUAGUGGAUAGUCACACAAUCCAGAGCAAUAUGUCCUAAAUGAGCAUUUCAGCUUUUGCAUUUAUUUAUUGUUAGUCAAGUGCUGGCCUGUAAAGCUGCCCCGGUUCUUUUGCAGCUGGCUCACUGUCAGUCAACUGCAAAGAUCCUUGAUCCAUGAAAUCACAGGAGAGGAUUCCCAAGGCCCUUUUCUAGGAGCCAUACCGUACUCUGUAUGGCUACCACUUCAGGAGGGAAGUGCAGUACCAUUCCACACCACUGAACCUCUGAAACCAGACUCCUGGUUAAACUGUAUGGAUGAUCAGUCACGGAGUAUCUGUGACAGGCACCUGUGAAGCUGGUAUUUUAGAUGAUUGGCAUCCUACUAUGUCUACUCUCUCCUUUAUAGACAGAGGAUUUAGCAUCUAUUAAUGCUCAUGUAAGAGAAUAAGCCAUUAAGUGCCAAAUCCUGUAGCCCAAGUAAAGCCCUGAAUGCAGUGAAAUUAGUGUGGCAGGGUGCAGAAGGGCCUCUACAGUAGACUCAAAGAGGAGGCAUUUGGGGGUAGGAUGAGUUAUGUCAGCAGUGCAUUUGUAGUCCCCUCUCCCCGCCCCCAUGUACAUGUGUAUGUAGUGGAAGAGCACAGCCCUCCAUGGAGCAGCCUGGUGAAGGAGACUUCAACCUCUCACCCCAUCACCAAUAGCAAUUGUCAAAUGAAGUCCUUAGUGCAAGGCCCGUCUAAUCAGGCUUUGGGCAGGGGAAAAGAUUUGGUCCUAAGUGUGUGUGUGCCUCCUCGGCUUUCCGUUUUAAGAUGCUCAUGUAUGGUAGAAUAGUUUAAUGUCAUGCCCUCAGCUAUUUCAGGUGUGUCACUAGCAUCAUAAUUCCAUCAAUUAGUUAUUAAUAGGAUUUUUCGGUGCCUCAAAAAGGCUUUGUAGUGAUGCUACCUCAUGCAGUAAAACUAUUUUUGCAUGGUUAAUAGUAAAGCAUUUUCAUGCUAAUUAAAACCAGUUAGACAACGUUGUAUUUAUCUAAUGGGAAUCUUUUGCUGCUCAGUGAAUUUGCCAGUAGACUGCUUUGCUUCAACUUUUUAGGAUUUUAAUCUAAAUGCAAUUAGCAAAGUUUAUCUUUAAUCUCCCAAAGUAUUGGACCAAAUUGAAAAGGUACAGUCAACCAUGAAAAAAAUACUUAAGAAUGAGUUGUUUUAAAAUGAGAGAUACUGCCAUGUUGUCUUGUGCAAAGAAGUGCCCUACUUUCAUAUGAAGUCAACAGGAAUUUCAGGAAAGAUUGGAACGAACCAGUUCUCCCCCUCUCCUCUCUCUCUCUAUAUUUUUCAUCAUCAGAGUUGACUUGCCAGGAGGGGCCUGAUGUAACUUAAUGUAACUGAUUUAAGAGGGGACAUUUAAAGUAGGGUAUCUAAGGAAAAUAUUCGCUCUUGCCACAUCUCACACUUGAAAAGAUUGUAAAUGUGUGGUUAGCACUGUGAAUUCAGGAGAUUUCCACAAAAUAAAGGCAGGUGCGAUGGGAACUUUAUGAUUAAAAAUAGCCUUCUCCAGGGAUAUAUAUGGACUAUUGAAUGAAAAGUCUGGGCAGUGUGUUGUCAAGCAUAUUAGGCUUGCACUGAGGUGGAAUCUCAUCAAACUAGGUGGAUAUGCAGCUCCAGAACCAGAUAUUAGCUGUCUAGGUAUUUGUAACAGGAUCUCAAUGUGGUAGCUGAAUCUAAGAUCCAGAUAUGGAUUGGAACUUCAGCGCUUGGCCCUCUUUCUGUAUUGGGCCAAACCAGAAGGCGGAAUCCAAAUACCUCCACGUAUUGGGGAAUUUCCGAUUUGGAUCCAAUUCUGCAUCCAAACAUUACAAAAUGGACCCAACUUCCAAUCCUAACUGGUGAAAGCAGCAGUUCUGGGAGAAUAAGUAGGGCCACGGCAGAUGCUUCUGCCUCAGGAACUCUGUUAGGAUCCUUGUACUUUUGACUGCAUUUUAGUGCUCUUCUUAAGCAGGUGUAUGCUAUGCCCUGACCUGCUCCAGCUAGCACUUACUGCUGACUGCACCAUGGCCACUAGCCACCUGUGGACUGUGUAGCCCCCUCUUCCAACAGCCCUCACUCUCUUUGGGAUGUGGUAUGAGCUUCGGCAUGUCAAUCAGGAAUUUCUGCCUGUGCAUUUGUGCAUGCUGGGGAGCUAUUCUACGUGGCUAUUUGGCAGGGGAGGAGGAGCCCCUCUGCACUUCUCCCUUGGCCCCCUUGCACACCAAAGCAGGAGUCAGCUCAAAGAUUAGUUCAGGUCAGUAUUAAAAUAGAGGCACAUAACACAAGCAAAUGACAAUGAGAUACUCAGUGAUAUGCAGAGUGUGUUCAUAGUUGCAUUAGGCCUUUGUAGUGGAGAAGGCAGAAUACCUUCUAAAUCUAGCAUAAGACCCCUAGCUGUAUAAAUGCCACACCUUGCAAAUGCAUGUAGUAACAAUAUCUGUCCUGUUCAAGGUUGUUAAUGUACCUCAAGCUGAUGUGCUGUGGGGAGCAAGGAGAUGGGCUGGGUGAUCUUCCGUAACUUCUAGAGCACUGUCUCUCAACCUUUCCAGACAACUGUACCCCUUUGUGGAGUCUGAUUUGUCUUGAGUACCCACAAGUUGCACCUCACUUAAAAACGACUUGCUUACAAAAUCAGAGAUAAAAAUACAAAAGUGUCAGAGCACACUAUUACUGAAAAAUGGCUUCCUUUCUUAUUUUUACCAUAUAAUUAUAAAAUAAAUCAAUUGGAAUAUAAAUAUUGUACUUACAUUUCAGUAUAUAGUAUAUAGAGCAGUAUAAAGAAGUCAUUGUCUGAAAUUGUAGUUUGUACUGACUUUGCUAGUGCUUUUUAUGUAGUCUGUUGUAAAACUAGGCAAAUAUCUAGAUGAGGUGAUAUUCCCUGUAGAAGACCUCUAUGUACCCUGGUUGAGAAUCACUGUUCUAGGGCUCUAUGCUCAUGUAUCUCACUAUUUUAAGAAUGAUUUGACCAUGAGCAGCCACCAUCCCAACUGAGCAGCCCUGUUGGCAUUUUAGCAAAGAGACAAAGGAUUGAACAGGUAUGGAGACUGCUGGUUCCUCCAGGUCAGGAAGGAGGCAUGUUAGUAGGGAGAGGUGAGCGGGGAAGCUUACCGAGCUGCCCCUGCUGUCCUUGUUCUCUUUGGCCUCCAUCACUAUUAAUCCAGUACAUGCCCCCAGCACUAACAUUCCUUUACCACAAAAUGAGAGAGGCGGAAAACAUGCCUGUUUCCCAGCAAAUGUGGUUUGAAAUCAAUCAUUUCCCUUUGUUAACAACAACUAACAACAAGCAAAAUGGAGGAAAGAGAUGGCUCGUGUGUUUCAAGCAAUAUAGAUCACCAUUUAACAGCGCUCUUGUCAGACGCUGAGCCCCCUCAACUCUUCCCGACUUCAGUGAGAGCUGGGGGCACUCAGCAUCUUGCAGGAGUGCUCAGCACCAUUCAAGAAUGAGAUGAGAGAGGAUGCAAGCUAGACAAACAUCUGCUUCAGAUACACCCAUAUCGAGCCAACUGGAAGCUUUACUACGGUGGGUGAGUCCAAUCCAAAUACAGCCACAGUCUUUGUUCAGUGAGCCAUUAUAUAUUUUCUCUAUUAUUGAAAGCCUCCUGUUUAAUAUCCUGCCAUUAUUCAAUUCUUAAUAUCCUCUUUGCAUUUUCCUGCAGGGAGCUAGUAACUAUUAAUUUAACACAGCUCUGCUUUUCACACCAUGUCCCUGCAAAGUAUAAUUUUACUGAGUUUUCUGUGGUUAAUCACAGAAGUAGAUCUGGAAAAUGACAUUUUGUUAAAAAAAUAUGAUUUUUGUUAAUAAAAAGAAUUGGCCAAAAUCAAAACCGCAGUUGGAAACACUUCUGAGCUUUGGAGUUUCGAUAUCUGGAACUGACUUUCAUCUCACUAAUGCUAGGGAAGAUGAAGGGCAUCCCGUGUUUCACCUAAUGGUAUAAAGUCCCAUGCAGAAUUCAGAGCUCCGUUAACUAGCAUUCUGUUCCUAUGCUCCCAAUUCAGUUACUCUGAUCUCUGUUCACACAAGAGCUGGACAUCCCAUGGGGACAUAGUGUACAGCAGCUCCUCCCUAUUUCUGUUGUUGAGACUCCUGAGGGAAGCAUUUGUAUUUACCCUGCUAGCACUAGCAACUGUGGCCAGGGAUCAAGACUAGUGUGAAAUAUCGGGACAGGGGGUGGGAGGGUAAUAGGAACCCAUAUAAAAAAAAGCCCCAAAUAUCGGGACUGUCCCUAUAAAAUUGGGACAUCUGGUCACCCUAAUCAAGACUGAGCUAUGUGUACCUUGAUUUGUCACCACAAGAAAAGCAUAGGAGAAUUUAUGCAGGGCGUGGAAGAUGAGGGGUUGUCCCACCUUAGCUCCAGCCUUGGGCAUGUCCUACACAGGUUGGAGCUUCCUGGGGCCUGCUUUAAACUAUGCCAGCUUUCAUGGUCCCCUAGCUGGGCAUUGCUGGAGUACAUUGAGCUCCUCAUGCCCACCUCUCUCAUCCCACUCUGCCUCUGACAUAGCCCCUGCACCAAAGGCUGCAGGAUAAGGUGGUGUAGGAGGCAACCACGCUGAUUCUGUGUUGACUGAGGAUUCCCACACACAUCAGGAAUCCCCAGCAGAUAGUCUCUGCUCUCUUUGCGCUGCCUGAAAGUCACAAAGCGGGUAGAGUGAGGCCAAGAAUCUACCCUUCCAUAUCAAGAGUGAUACGUGCCUUCACAGAAUGAAGUGGGUGACAUUUUUAUGUGGUCCUAGCCUAUUCCAGAGUAUUCAGACUGAUUCAAUAUGGUUUGGCCUGUGACAACAGGUAGGUUAUUUUAAGGGUGUCAAUUAUCCUAGUCAAUUUUGUGAUGGGUUGUGUGUGCCUGUCAUGUCUGCAUUGGCUAAAAGAAGCCAAAACAAACCUGACAGGCUUACACAAUAGAUAAGUGAUUUGACUAGCACAAUUGAACCUGCAGGCUAUGGUUUUUUAGGCCUAUCUAUUACAUCAGAGCUACUUGUUGCUGAAUAUUCAGUGGAAGGGAAGAAAACAUUUACUUCUGAAUGGCUUGGCGUUUAGGCCCCUUUAAACUGAUGUUUUUUUCCUCUUUUGUUAAUUCUUUUUCUCCUGAUCUUGCUACUGCAGUCAGUCAUUUUGGGAACUAUCAUAACACUUAGCCAGGAAGACUCCCCUAAAUUAUAAAACUGCUUGUGACAGAAAAGCCUUUGAGCACACUAGGUCUCUGUAGCAUACUGCAGGGUCCAGCCCCCAAGACAGGUUCACCUUGAGGUUCAUGGACAUGUUCAAGAUGUUACCAAGGCAACUAGCCCUUUAGCAUGAGCACAACCUUGUUAUCUCAUCAUCUGAAAGUCUUAACAAAGUUGGAAAAUCCCCAAAGGCCCCCUUUGUUAGAUCUGUUCUGUACUUCCUAUGCCAGGCGGUGUGGCUGGCGGGGUAGGGGAUGGAGGCCUUCAGGUACAGAAACAGCAAAAGAGGCCUCCCAAUUUUGGAGAAAUGUUUGAGGGACGAUUUAUUAUGUAAAGCCCUAUGUUGUAUAUAAAGAGAUAUAGACAACAAUAGAAAACUAUAUAACAGACAGAUCUCUCAUCCAUAAAUAGUUAAUGAGGAAGCAUUAUUUGCAUAAUGCUAACACCCCCAGCUGUUCUAUAGAACUUUACAGUGGUAGCUCUCAAAGUGCUUUAUAAGGGAGGUCAGGAUCCUUAUUCUCAUUUUACAGAGGAGGUAACUGAAUCUCUGAGAGCUGAAGCAAUUUGCCCAACAUCAUCCAGCAGGCCAGUGGAAAAGCCUGGGCUAGAACUGAGGUCUCACAAUUCCCUGUCUAGGACACAAUCCUUUAGGCCAUACUGUCUCCCUUGACUGUUUUAUUUCAAAUGCACCUUCCUCUAAAGUAACUGGCUACAACAAAUCAAACACAACAUGACACAAUUCCUUUAUUUUGUUAUCUUCCCCCAUUGGCACUUUUUAAAAUCUCCCUUAGGGGCACGUGAGUUAAUUCCCAAUCAACCCAUCAAGGAACCAGAUUAGGAACCAGAAAUAGUCUUCAUCCCUUCUCUCAAUUUUGCAGACAUUCCAAAUACUGCUAGAGAAAGUCCAGGAGAGCAAGUGCAUCUUCCCUUCCCAUAGGUAAGUGUUAGUUACCAAGGGCCAUACAAAACUACCCAAUAUUUCUGCAAGCCAGGCAAUACUUUGGGGGGCCUCUGAGUCAUGGCCCCACUAUGUUGCGAUUCCCUCUGAGACCUCUUUCCACUCAGCUUCCCAAGAACUUAGUUCAACUCCAAACUUUGUCAUUCAGGUAUCUCUAUGUGGCACAGCAAUACUGUGCUGAGUUGAUCAAACUCAAACACCAGGGGUGGAUGCAGGGUACAUCACUGAUCUAAAGUUACAGAGAAACCCUCUCCCUUUACAUACAUUUACACUUCUCAUUGCAUUUACUGUACAUUGCAUCAUGCAUUUUUAUAUUGGCUUGGUUAUUGUGUCGGAACCAUCCCUGGACAGCAUGCUCUGUUCAUGCCUUGUCCAUGCUCAACCUUCUCUUUACCGCAUCUUCACAUUCCUGACUUAUCUUGUUCAUAGUAAAUGAUUCCUUGGGUAUUCCCCUUGUUAUCUGAGCUAGUCAGACAUUCUCUCUUAGCCUACUGACACAUUUAUUUAUCUUAGUUACUACAAAUAUUCCAUCUUUAGUCUGCUGAUCAAUUUCCCUCUCUAAUCCUGUCUUCCAAAAAAUGAGGCUUCCCCCAUAUUUAAUUACUUAUGUCAAGCCAGGCUUACAUUCCUACACCUUCUCAUUUAUAGCAUCUAUGCUCAUCAAUAUUUGUGCAGCUUAAACAUGCCUGCUGCCUGAGUCAAUAGACGCUCAGCCUUUAUCAGCAAGCUGGCACCCACAAGUGCAAGCUCCUACCUAGCCAGCUUUUAGUAAACAGCCUCCUUUUAACCUCAAAACCCAGUCCUCAUGUAAUUCUACAGCUGGAACUAGGGUAUUAUGAUUACUAAUAGAAAACGGAGUGGGAGGAGGAGAAAAGGAGGCUGAUGGUGUAGCACUAAGAGCCGCAUCCCAGAAAGUGGAAAAAUCGUAUGAAUACCGACAUUGUUGUUGUUAUUAUUUGUUUGUUUCUGGUAGCAUUAACAAUGUGUUAGGCACUGUACAUACACACAAAAAAGACACAGCCACUAAUUCAAAGAGCUUCCCAUCAAGAAAUUCAGUUUAAAGGGUUCUGAGGAUAAAAUUCGUGAUGAAGUAAGAGUUUGUCUAAGAAUAAUGCAUGGCUGUGUUGAUGUCAAUGGCUAAACUCCCAUUGGCUUCCAUGGGGCUAGAAUUUUACCCAAUGUGAAAUCAUACUCCUCAGUGUAUCUGUGGUCAGAGCAGGUGUUUGGAGCUCACAUGUCAGGGUAUUUGUGGCCCAUCUUAUCUCCAAUAAGUACCAGAACUCUAGCAGCCAGGAUUAAAUGUUUUUGGAUGUUGAAUACUGAUCAAUAUAAUAUUGUUGAAUAUUGACCAAUAUCAUACUGGAUUUAAAUAUUCUAGCAUGCACUGGAAAUGCAGGUUUUCACAGCUAAUGUAAUGUUGGACUUAUACAGUAAUUUGCUACAGUUUAUAGCAAUUUUUUCUUGAUAUGGAGAGAAUCCUUUCUGUUAAAGGUUGGGGUAAUAUUGUGUAUCGAAAAACUGAUCCAAUCUUGCUUCUAUGGAGUAGGAGAAUCCAGAUCCCCAAGAAUAUGGAGACUUUCUCCCAAAGUUUAAUACCCUGUCAUCUUGACUUUUUUUCCAGGUGUCUGGCAAAGUGAUAUUUUAAAAAACAUAUGGGAAAGCUACUGAAUAGACUGUUCAUGCUUUAUUGUGUUUCAUUGUGCUGUAAUCAGCACGGGUAGCACAAAUAGAUCAGACAGAUUCUAUGGGACCCUUUUCCAUAAUAGAGACAAAGUUGCAGGACUGACCUUACACCAGUAUACGGCAUUACGAUAAAACCAUCAUCAUGGAUUUAAACUGCACCGUGCACUCAUAUCCAAUAAAACAAUCAUGUCAGUCUCUUUGGGUGACUUUUCAAUACACACACUUUUUGUGAUGAUGUGAAAUCAGACACAUCUUUGUAUGUCAUCAUUUGGUAUGUGGACCUGUCCCUAAAUAUUCCCUAUGGUUCCAUUUUACAGUGUGUUUAAUUUUGCCUCUUCCAGAAAUAAUGAUGGGCCAGUUUUGAUACAGGUAUUGCUAUCUAGGAACUCUUUUCCUCUUGGCUGUUCUUCAUGUUGACAUGGGGGCAGGAUUGAGGCCAGAAAAGGCUAAUGUAUCAUUCAGUUAAAGAAAAAUAACCUGAAUCGAAAUACUUCUGGAGUCCUAGUAUUAUAAUUUAUUUUCUGUAUUAAUGUGCCUCAGAGCCGUAAUCAUGAACCAACCCCUCGUUGUGCUAGAAGUUCUGCAAACACAGAACAAAAAGAUGAUUCCUGACCUUAGCGGCUCCUAAGCCACAGAUAUUUAAAACCCGGGGAUCUCUUUUGCUCUCAGGUGUUCAUUGAAGCAGAUGUAUGAACAUUCCUAAAGGCCACCCACCUGCUUCAACAUGUGGGGGAACAUAAUGGGCCCAGAAGCGAAGAGGGACAGCCCCAGCAACAAGGGAGGGAGACACUCACAGAGGGACAGAUGGUAGCUCCUCCCUCACCUUGGAGUCUCUGGGGCCCUUUGUGGGAGUCAGGCAUUGAUUGGGCCAUUCAGAGAUUUAACCUGGAGCCUGGUCCAUGUGGAACCUCUUUUGGUUCCAUUCCAGCAGAUGAUAUGUGAUCAUUCCUAAAUCAACUUCUGAGCAAAGACCAUGGAUGUGGGAACUUGCUUGGAACUUUUCUGAUAGAACUGAAAAAAAGUUUAAUAGCGAGGCAGUGAAAAACCCCUAAAACACCUUCAAACACAAACUGAUCCUGCUGCCACUGGAAUCAGACAGCUAAACUAUAUGCGUAAUUUUACUCCCACGAGUAGUCUCUUCGAUGUCAAUGGGCUUACUCAUAUGAAUUAAAUUAAACUGCAGGAUCAAAGCCUAAAAUUCAUACUGGGUUAUUAGGCUCCUCCCUUCACAAGAAUGCCUACAGCCCCAGUGCUGCAAGCGGGUCCAUGCAGACAGAACCUUGCCCUCUUGUGGAGCCCCCAUUGGCUUGACUAAGGUUCCUUGCUGAUAAAAUGGGUCUGCCUAUGCAGAACAGCUUGCAGGACUGGGGACUUAAAUCUCUUUUAUAUCUCUAAAAUCUUUGUUAUUUAAAAAGAAAUCAGAUCAAUGUAUUUUUUAAAUGAAUGGGUAAUAGAAAAUCUGAGAAUUUUGAUAGAUGGGGCAGAGGGGUGUAUAAUAUAGCAAAUUUGUAACUUGCCUUCUCCUUCCAUUUCGCUGCUUGCUUGAAGAGCAUCUGAACUUAAUCAAGUGAAGACUUGCUUCAAUUCUGAAGUUGACAAGCCCUUAAUUGGGUGCAAAAUCUCAAAAGAGUUUGUAGGUGAUGUAAAUAAGUCAAAGAGGUAGCUUUGUUACCUAACUUGCAAUGUAUUUAUUUUUUUCAAAUUUGGUUAGCUUUUCAUUUCAAUUACCACUUGCAGAAUUUUUGCAAAAAUUCAAACUAAUUCCAUUGAUGCUGUCCAAACUUCACCCAAACUCUCACUGUUUUAGGAAGCUAACCCUUCCUUUUAAUCUUAUUUAAGUCACCGGCUUUCACAAGAGUCCUUCGGUAUUUAGUACCAUUUUUAUUAAGUAUCUUUGACAAUAUAACGCUCAUGUUCUUUCUCUCUGAUACUUCUUUCUCUGCUUGGUUUGCUUUGAAGGGGCUUCACUGUACUGUUUUAUAUUGUAUGGGUUGGUUUACAGAAACUUUAUUCUUGUAAUGAAUUGUUCUUGAAAUGUGGAUUUAUCUGUACAGAUAAAAAGUUUGAAAACUGUUGUGUGUCUAAUUGGAUUUUUCAUAAUUUAUUGUAAUCCUUACUGGUAUAGUAAACAGAAAAAUGUUCCUUUAAGCUUCUGCUACAUUCAUUUUCUAAUUAUUUAACUGGCUUCACUAUGUAUUUACUUAUUACUUGUUUACUCUUUUUACUAUGAUGAGAAUAACAAAAUUUGUUAAUGUAAGAUUAAAUUUGUGCUUUUUCUUGAUAAAGUUCUUGAAAUUGA